AUGCCUCAAGUCAGGCUGGAGUUCAAAUACGCAGGGCUGCUCACUCACAUGCAAUCAAAGACCUCAAAACGUCAGAAUGCUGAGCUGGCAAGGCAGAAGGCCUUGCUUGCAGCCAGGAGUGCGGAGGCCAUGGAAAUAAAGAGUACUUUACAAGCACUGGAGUGGAGUGCGAGUGCAGCAGCUGCACAUCCUCCUUUGGAACGAGAGGCGCAAGGUCUCUUGUUCAAAACCUGCAGCACGAAGGAUGCCUUGAAAAAGGCGAAGGCACAUGAGGAGGAGCUGGCGGGGUGCAUCAGAGCACUUGAACUUUGCGCUGAAAGGAGUGAGGCAAAUAUUGCAUCUCUGAAGGAUGACUUGAAGGAAAGCCAAAGAAAAAUGCACACCUAUCAGAUGUGGACCGUUGGGAAGGCAAGAUCUGAGGGUGGUGUAGCAGCAAAGGUCCAGUUUGCCCAUAAGAUGGCACAAACGGAGAACCUCACUGUCAGCACUGACGGAACAUCCCAUAGGCAUGUGAACUAUGGAUCUCGGCAUGUUUCAUACAAAGUUACCUCCUAUACCAAGAAUGAUGUAACACCUGCCAAACCAGUUGUGCAGCUUCUGGGAGUUGAAUUGUCGAAAAACCAUUGUAGCAAGAUGCAGCUAGAAGGCCUCCAAUCAUCAGUAGCUGCUCUUGCAAUAAUUUACAACAACUCUCCCCUUGCGCACACUUCAGUCACCCCCAAAACAUAA